CAAAAAAAAGAGACUUCUUUUCUUCAGAUUUUUUUAUGGUAUCAGAGCAUAUGAUCCUAUUAGCUCUCUAACCCUACUUCUGCAAAUUUUAUGGAUGAUACUGCUAUUGAUAGUGAUAGCAACAGUAACUAUUCAUCAAGAGACACAUCUUCUCAACGCAGUUCAAAAACCUUUAAUCAUAAUAUGUCCACACCAGUUAUUGAUCCCUCCGAUCCUCUUUUUCUUCAUACUUCUGAUCAUCCAGGCAUGACUCUUGUCUCAAAGGUUUUAGAUGGAACCAAUUAUGUUAUGUGGAAGAGAUCUAUCCUAGUGAGUCUUGGAGCCAAAAACAAACUGGGAUUCAUCAAAGGAACCAUUCAAACACCAGAUGCAGAAGAUCCAAAAUACUCUUUAUGGCAACGUUGCAAUGAUAUGGUUCUCUCCUGGAUCUUGAACUCAUUAAGUCAAGAACUUACAAAUAGUGUACUUCAUGUGGAGACACCUUCAGAAAUUUGGACAGAUCUUCAAGAGCAUUUUUUUCAAGAUCAUGUUAAUGCAGCCUCUACCAACAGUCAAAAAGGCAUAUGCACUUCUUUGUGAAGAAGAGAAACAUCAAGGACUCACUGAAGCCAAAGGUAUUGAUAUUGUUCAUGCCAUGAAUGUCAAAAUUCAUGAUAACUCUAAAGAAUCACAAUCAGAUGCUCAGCGACAAACUAGACAGGGGUCAUCUUCUUAUAGUAAAUCACAAAAGUCACAAGGAUCUAAAAAAUUCUUUUUCUGCACUUAUUGUGAGGGCACAACCCAUACUGUGGAUCGGUGUUACUACCUAAAUGGUUUUCCUGUCAGUCACAAGUCUCAUGGAAAAGAUGUUCAACCUCCAAAUCGAAGUCAGAAGCCUAUUGCACACCAAACCAGUGGUGACACACACAUGGAUACAAUAAAGACAUCAACUGACCAAUCUCUCCAAUUUACUCCUGAAGAGCUUGCACAAAUAAAAGCUUUCUUUAAGAAUGGUAAAAAUCCUACUCGUGCAAACUACACAGGUAUGCCUACACCUUUUUGUUCAUCUUCUAGUAUACAAAGGACAGAUUUAAAUAAUUGGAUCAUCGACAGUGGUGCAACAAAUCACAUAGCCACCUUCUUAACCAAUUUCACUCCUUUAUCUUCACAAGUUAAUUUACCCAAUGGUUCUUACUCUAAAGUAAUUGGAAUUGGUUCUACUCAACUCUCAAAUCAUCUGCAUAUUAAAGAUAUAUUAUGUGCUCCAUUUUUUAUGUUAAUUUGCUGUCCGUAAGCCAACUUACAGCCACCUUGAAUUGUUCAAUUCAAUUUUUUUCCUACUUUUUGUAUAUUGUAGGACCUAGCUUCGAAGAAGAUGAUUGGUUUGGGGAAGCAGCUUAAUGGAUUGUACUAUUUUGUUCCUCUAGUUAAGUCUACAUCAACCUCUCUUCCAAUCACUCAUCAUAUUGACUCAACCACUAGCAUUACCUGGCACAAGCGAUUAGGACAUCCCUCCAUAGCACCUUCCAAGUUCUUAAGCAAUAUUAUUUCCUCAUUUGUAUUUGAUUCUCAUCAUUCUUGUGAAACUUGUCCUUUGACAAAGAAAACUCAUUUACCAUUUCCUUUAAGUUCUAUUCAAACUUUGCAUUCUUUUGACCUUAUUCAUUGUGAUAUUUGGGGACCAUUUCGUACUGCCACUCACACUGGAGCACACUAUUUUUUAACUAUAGUAGAUGAUUUCACACGCUUUAGUUGGAUUUUCUUAAUAAAAUUCAAAUCUGAAACACAAGGGUUGCUUAAAACAUUCAUAUCUUAUGUCAAUACCCAAUUCAACUGUCAAGUUAAAUCCAUUAGAUGUGAUAAUGGUGCAAAAUUUGUGUCCAUGAAACCUUAUCUCUCCAACUUAGGUAUCUUGUUUCAAAGCUCAUGUCCAUCUACACCCCAACAAAAUGGUGUUGUUGAACGAAAACAUAGACAUCUUUUAAAUGUUAGUAGAGCAUUGCGAUUUGAUGCUCAUCUUCCUUUACAAUUUUGGGGGGAUAGUUUACUUACUGCAACUUAUCUUAUUAAUCGUCUACCCACUCCCAUUUUGCACAAUAAAUCUCCUUAUGAAUUGUUGUAUAACAAGCCACCAGAUUACUCUCAUUUACGAGUUUUCAGAUGUCUUUGUUAUGCAACAAAUCUUCACCCUUCCAAUAAAUUUGACUC